AAUGCCACAUCACACACCCCACAUCUAAGUCCACACACAUUUUGCCAACUAUACCAUAGAAUCUGAUUCACAGGCCAAGGAAACUGUUAAGAAUUCCCACACACAAAAUGGCCUCUACCCAAUGUUUCUUGCACCAACAUGCCUUCACUACACCAAUUAGAAGUUCAUCACAGCGCCAAGUGGUGAGCACCAAGACAAACCACAUUGUUUGCAAAGCACAGAAACAUGUUGUCCAAGAGAAUGAUGCCACCUUUGUUUCUCGAAGAUUAGCCCUCACAGUACUCAUUGGUGCUGCUGCUGUUGGCUCAAAGGUGUCACCAGCUGAUGCAGCCUAUGGUGAAGCUGCCAAUGUGUUUGGAAAGCCAAAGGCAAACACGGAUUUCUCGCCAUAUAAUGGAGAUGGAUUCAAACUGUCAAUUCCCUCAAAGUGGAAUCCAAGCAAAGAGGUUGAGUACCCAGGUCAGGUUCUUAGAUAUGAGGAUAACUUUGAUUCAACCAGCAAUGUUUCUGUAAUGGUCACUGCCACUGAUAAGAAGUCCAUCGCUGACUAUGGUUCACCUGAGCAGUUCCUAUCUCAGGUGGAUUAUUUGUUUGGAAAACAAGCCUUCUUUGGCCAAACUGAUGCUGAGGGUGGUUUUGAUACAAAUGUUGUAGCAACAGCAAACAUCUUAGAAAGUUCAACACCAGUCAUUGAAGGGAAACAGUACUACAAUUUUUCUGUGUUGACAAGGACAGCUGAUGGAGAUGAAGGUGGCAAGCACCAGCUAGUUAUAGCAACUGUAAAAGAUGGAAAACUAUACAUUUGCAAGGCUCAAGCUGGAGACAAGAGGUGGUUUAAGGGAGCAAGAAGAUUUGUGGAGAGCACAGCAAGUUCUUUCAGUGUUGCCUAAGAACUUAGUGGGAGGGUUAUUGAGCAUGUAAAUGAUCAUCUUGAAGGAAAUUGAGCGGCAGUAAUUAGGUUGCACAACCACAAAAUACAACCUUGGCAGCUGAUACGAGAGAAGCAAGUAUGGUAUGAGAAGCAAGAUUAAGAUCUCAUAUAUUAAUUAGCAAUAUGAUCAAAUUAUUUCAUUUAAGACUUUUACUAGUUUUUGGAUUGAAUUAGAUUUGAAUAACUCUUCAUGACAUGAUAUUAGAGUCUAUUUUUCUUAGUCUGGUGUACACAUAACUAAAUCUAACAUUAAGUUUAAGUUUUAGAUUUUCAAUCUUAAACAUGAGAGCGUAUAAUAAAGAAAAGAAUUAAUACUUUUGACUCAAAAAAUAAAAAUUUGUUACGAAUUAU